AUGCUCGUACGUGCCAUAACAGUAAAUCACAAUUUCGCGACGUCACAAAGAGAUGGCACUGCCUGUUCACUGCAUUUUGAGCACAUUCGCUUCGGUUUUUCUCAAAACUUCGACGCAACCGUUAACCAAUGGAGCGGUGGCGUAACUAAUAACAUCCACCUAGCUUAUAUAGAUAAGGAUUCUUCCAAAAUGUUAAUCGUAUGA